ACGUAACUUUACGGAAAGGAACCACGUUGGUGCGCGCUAGUCUACGGCAGUCGUCUACCCGGCACGAGGACAAGUCAAGUCUCUCUUUUUUUUUAAAGCUUAGCUGUGAUUAUUUUACCGAAAAUGCCUGGAGAUAUCAACAAAGGAAAGAAGGCCUUUGUUCAGAAGUGUGCCCAGUGCCAUACUGUUGAGGAGAAUGGAAAGCAUAAAGUCGGGCCAAACCUUUGGGGGUUGUUUGGACGUAAAACAGGCCAGGCAGAGGGUUAUUCCUACACAGACGCUAACAAAAGCAAGGGUAUUGUUUGGGAUGAGGACACCCUGAAUAUUUAUUUAGAAAACCCAAAGAAGUACAUUCCUGGAACUAAGAUGAUCUUUGCUGGCAUCAAAAAGAAGAACGAAAGAGUUGAUCUUAUAGCAUAUCUGAAGUCUGCAACUUCAUAAAGAACUCUAUAUGCCUGUUAGUUUUUCUGUAUCUUUAAUAUCAAAAUAUUGCAACUAUGAAAACCACAGGGGUUUUGGCAUCUCGACUUGCUGCAUGUAUCACAGCUCUACCUCCAAAUUCAAAAUGUACUUUUUUCUGCCUUAACUAUUUUUCUAAAUAAGUUAUUGAACUCUUCAACACAAUAUUAUGUAAAAAAAAAAGGUUGACUGUGAUAAUGGUUGAGCUGCGAUCCUGUAAAAACCUAGAUAUGGCAGAGUAGUAUUUACUACAUGUUUCUUUGAUGUAAUGAAUCUAUUUUAAAUGUUUUAUAACCGGGCCCUUUAGUCCACCCCAGGGCAACUUAUCGUAUAAUGAAUUGUCUUAAAUAAAAAAUUACACUAAAUGGCCC